CGCCCCUCGCUUCAGCUCUCCGAGCUCGAGCUUUCCACAACCUUCGGACCAGCAGCGGAGACGAACGCUGGGCAAAUGCGAGCCCUACAAACCUGACCCUGUCGGCGCAAGGCCUGUCGCUACUUUUGUCAGAUUCUUGCCAACAUCAUCCUUUGAUCACGAAUGCAUCAAGGUGGACACGGAAGCCAACACGGUGGGCAUAGAAUGCGGCGCGGCCACUGGCAAACUUCUUUGCUCGAAGAACCCUCCUCGAUCUCGAAUGAUGUCUUUGAACCAGAAGUUUUUGUCCUUCGGUGCAAAUAGUGUGUUCCUGAACGCAAGUCAGGAGGACUUCUUUAACAACGUCAUGCAAGAUAUGGUGGACAAAUCGCUGGAUGGCUACAGUGGAACUAUCAUCGCCUGUGGAUCGGUGGGGACCGGCAAGACCUACACCUUGUUCUCUCCCAAGGAGAAGUACCAGUACCGCGGCCUGGUGGCGCGCUGCGUGGAGCGCCUCUUCAAGACACUGGCGGAGUGGGACGAGCGCACCGCUGCCAUCUCCAUGUCCUUCAUCGAAGUGGUCGGCGAGACUGUCUAUGACCUGCUGCGACCCAAAAAACCAAGCGUCACCAUCGUCGAUGGCGGGAACACCCUGCGCUUGAAUGGUAUGUUUUCCGAGCGAGUGGUGACGGCGGAGUCGGCGCUGGUGGCGCUGUUCCGUGGCUGCGCGCUGCGCACGACCCACCAGCACCCGCGGAACUCCGCCGGCAGCUCCACCGGCCACGCCAUCCUCACGCUCAGCGUCGAGUCGCGCAGCCUGGUGGAGACAGAGCCGUUCGACCGGCACGCCGAGCUGACGUUUGUGGACAUGGCCGGCUUUGAGAAGCUGCGCAGCUGGGAGAGCUGCUCCGGCCGGCUCAUUCCCGGCGUCGUGGUCGGCGUCAACAAGUCCAUGACCUUCCUGGAGCAGCUGAUCAUGUCGAUGGCAGAGAAGCGUUCAUACCUUCCAGUGCGAGUUUCGAAGCUAACCCACAUCCUGAAGUCGAAGAUCGGUAACAAAUGCGACACAAGCGCGUCGCGAGAUCGGUGGCGGCUGCCGCCCUCUGGCUGCCCGCUUUCCGGCUGA